AUGGAGAAUAACCAGCAAUAUGAUUUUUUAAUUUAUGGAACGGGCAUAUCCGAGUCUAUUCUUGCAUGGAAAGUUGCUCUUUCAACAGAAAAUAAAGUACUUCAUGUAGAUUCUAACAAGUAUUAUGGAAGAGAUUUAGCAAGUUUAAGUUGGGACGAGCUUAAGAAAUGGGUGGAAGUAUUAGGGUCAAUCCGAGAUUCUGUUUACAGAGAUGCAGAACUGGUUAUAAAUGAUGAAGAAUCUAUGGAUACAUCUAGAUCGUAUUCUUUUAGUCUUUCCCCGUUUCUUAUUUAUUCUAAGUCAAAGAUAAUUGAUUUAUUUAUUCUUUAUAAGCUUCAGCCAUAUCUCGUAUUUAGGUCAUAUAAUUCUAUGUUUAUCUAUAACAAAUCUGCUGAAAACGUCUUUUUUGAGGUCCCAUACAACAAAGAGAUGAUAGCUUUUCGUGAAGAUAUUGAUUUUAUAUGGAAACGCAGGAUUAUGCGUUUUAUUGAAUUUAUCUCAGAUACAACAUCAGCAAAAAGUCAAGAAAUAUUAAAUGGUCAUGAUGAUGACUUAAUUAUUGAUUUUCUUUCGUCUGAGCCUUUUGCUUUAUCUCCGUUAUACAUUGAUAUGUUUACAUAUGGUAUUGCACUUUCUAAUACGCCUAAUAUUACCGUUAAAGAGGCACUUCCAAAGGUUAAACAAUUUUUUUCAUCUUUAGGGAUUUACGUGGACUUUUCAAUAUUAAAUUGUUCAUAUGGUGCAGGAUCUGAAGCGGUUCAAGCAUUUUCAAGAAAAGCUUCAUUGAAUAAUGCUACGUAUAUUUUAGGGAAACAAAUUACGUCUUAUAGUAUUAAUAAUGAGGAAGUAUAUCCAUUAACUGUUAUUUUGGAUAACGAUAUGGAAAUUAAGUGCAAAAAACUUAUCACAUCAUGUCAGGUAGGAACUUAUAAGCCAAAUUCUUUACUAGAUGAUCAGUUGUGUGUUCGUUCUAUAUGUCUUAUUAAAGGUGAUUUAUCUCGAACACUUCAAAAUAACUGUACUGCACUGUUUUUUUUUCCUCCUCAAUCUUUAAAUUCAAAUAAAUAUCCAUUGCAAAUGAUGAUACAUGGAAACAUUUCUGGUGAUUGUCCUAGCGGUCAAUGUAAGUUGAUUGUAUUUUAUAUAUUGGAAAUGGCGUUAAUCAUGAUAGAUGUUAUAUAUACACGAACUUUAGGCAACAUUUCUGAAGAAAAGGAUUCUAUUUUAUCUGCUAUUCAAAUAAUAAUCCAUUCUGCUUCUAUAAAUGUUGAGGAAGUCCCUAAAAUCCUUUUUACACUCUUCUAUUCUCAAUGCGCUGUUGAAAUUGUUUCAUCUGAUUCUCAAAAUAUUAUUCCUGUGCAAAAUAUAUCUUUCGAUAUUGAUUUUAAUCAAGAAACUGACAAUGCUAACCAAAUUUACAAGCUUUUAUUAAAUAAAGAUAUCUUUUCUUCAUAA